UUCGGCGGAGGGAGCUGAUGUGGCCGGAGCGGAGGCGCCAGCGCGGCCCGAGUCCCGGUUAAUGCGAAGCGCAGCAGGGAGCCGCCAGAAUGAAACGAGGAAGGAAAACUAAUGAGGCCAACAGCAGUUCAUCUGAAGAGACAACUGAGAAAGAAUCCAAGAGACACAAGGUUAUAGAUGAGAAAGCCAUAGUUGUGCAGGGUCCUGACUGGGCGAACUUGCUUCAAGACAUUAUCCUGCAGGUGUUCCAGUACUUGCCCCUUCUGGAUCGUGCUCAUGCAUCACAGGUCUGCCGAAGCUGGAACCAAGUCUUUCAUAUGCCUGAUCUCUGGAGGUGUUUUGAGUUUGAACUGAAUCAACCAGCUACGUCUUACUUGAGAGCUACGCAUCCUGAACUAAUCAAGCAAAUAAUAAAGAGGCAUUCCAAUCACCUGCAGUAUGUAAGCUUCAAGGUGGACAGUAGCAAGGAAUCUGCAGAAGCAGCUUGUGAUAUUUUAUCACAGCUUGUGAAUUGCUCUCUGAAAACACUUGGGCUAAUUUCAACUGCCCGGCCAAGCUUCAUGGAUUUACCAAAGUCUCACUUUAUUUCUGCACUGACAGUGGUGUUUGUAAACUCCAAAUCCCUCUCUUCACUUAAGAUUGAUGAUACACCAGUAGAUGAUCCAUCUCUCAAAGUGUUAGUGGCUAACAACAGCGACACGCUCAAACUGUUGAAAAUGAGCAGUUGUCCUCAUGUUUCUCCAGCUGGUAUCCUUUGCGUGGCUGACCAGUGUCAUGGCUUACGUGAGUUGGCGCUGAACUACCACCUGCUGAGUGAUGAGCUUCUGCUUGCUUUGUCUUCUGAAAAACACGUCAGGUUAGAACACUUGCGCAUUGAUGUUGUCAGUGAAAAUCCUGGACAGACUCAGUUCCACACGAUUCAGAAGAGCAGUUGGGACGCUUUCAUCAAGCAUUCUCCUAAAGUAAAUUUAGUAAUGUACUUUUUCUUGUACGAAGAAGAGUUUGACCCAUUCUUUCGUUAUGAAAUACCUGUCACUCACCUUUACUUUGGAAGAUCAGUAAGCAAAGACGUACUUGGCCGCGUUGGGAUGACAUGUCCUCGGUUAGUUGAACUGGUGGUAUGCGCCAAUGGAUUGCGGCCACUGGAUGAGGAGCUGAUCCGUAUUGCGGAACGUUGCAAGUAUCUGUCAGCCGUUGGCCUAGGAGAGUGUGAAGUCUCUUGCAGUGCCUUUGUUGAGUUUGUGAAGAUGUGUGGCGGUCGUCUCUCUCAGCUUUCUAUUAUGGAGGAGGUUUUGAUUCCCGAUCAGAAAUACAACUUAGAGCAGAUUCACUGGGAAGUUUCAAAGCAUCUCGGUAGAGUCUGGUUCCCGGACAUGAUGCCCACGUGGUAAAGUCCUUAAAAGACUUCAGGGCGGAUGGAAUAGCACCUUAAACCCAAGCUUACCAUAUUGCAAUUUACUGUAUAAGCUUA